CUGUCUCCCCCAACCCCAUGCAUGCACCAUCAUCAAUUUCAUCUUCCUCUCUCUCUAAAAUUUCUCUCUCUUCUCCAUCUCUCUCUAUAUAUACACCUCUAAAUCGCAUCCAAGCAUCAGCUCUCACUCUCGCACUAGCUCAGCUAGCUCGCCAUUGAAGCAUUUCGCAAGAAAUCAAGCGAUCGAUCGAAGCUCGAUCAUCAGGUAGCAGCAGGCAUUGCGCGGCGGCGGCAGCAAUGGAGGUGGUGGUGAUGCAGAACGGCGGCGGCGGCGGCGGCGGGGAGAUGGCGGGGCAGUACCGAGGGGUGAGGAAGAGGAAGUGGGGGAAGUGGGUGUCGGAGAUCAGGGAGCCCGGGAAGAAGACGCGCAUCUGGCUCGGGAGCUUCGAGUCGCCGGAGAUGGCCGCCGUGGCGCACGACGUGGCCGCGCUCCGCCUCCGGGGGCGGGACGCGCGCCUCAACUUCCCGGCGAUCGCCCACCGCUUCCGCCGCCCGGACACCGCCGAGCCCGGCGACGUCCGCGCCGCCGCGCUCGAGGCCGCCGCCCAGGUCCGCUUCACCCCCGACCUCCUCGUCGUCGCCGGCGGAGACGACGCCAGACGACGAUGCUGCUCCGCCGGCGAGGCCGAGGCGGCGGCGGUGGCGGCGGCGGCGUGGGAGUGGGACGUGGUGGUCGGCGGCGGCGGCGACGAGCUGGAGGCCAAGUCGCCCAACAUGUGGGCUGAGCUGGCGGAGGCCAUGCUGAUGGCCCCACCUGUCUGGGAGGGAGGAGGAGAGACGGACAAUGACGAGUGGGCCCAGCAAGCGGCAUCCCUCUGGGACCCAUCUGUCUGGGACUACUGAUAAUCUGAUAAAUAUUCACAGCCUUUUUGGUUUUUAGAGGUGUGAAACUACAUUGAAUUGAUUUUUCUGAAACAAUGCACAACAUAUAGGAAGUGUACUCUGAAUUAGGAUGUCCCGCAAAUGCUGGAAUAAUUAACAAUUUGCCACUCUUACAAUGGAUGAGAACAGAUUUACCACUGGGUCCACAUGCCAUAGACAACGAAUGGUAAAUAUGUUAUCAUCACAUCUUAAGAGUGACAAAUAGUUAAAUGCCCCGCAAAUGCUUGGUUUUAGAACAAAUUAUGUUCUAAAUCUGCUAAUGUUUUCUAUAUAUCACUUCUGGCUAGUUUAAUAUUACGGAGGUGUAGCUAGAUAGCACAUUCAUUUGGGUGAAAGAAAGUAUGGAUGCAAUUCUUGGAUUGUUUUCUCAAUAAGGAUAAGAGAAAAUUAAGUUUAAACUAUAGGCAAAUCCAUAAUUGAAUUAAAUGAAGGUCACUCCUUACGCC